UCAUUCCCAUAGGUCAAUUAGAGGCUUAGGUGGUUCCAUUUCCGGUAUCUAUUCUAUCUAGCCGCGGCGCCUAGCAACCGAAAAAUGUCCACAACGAUGAUGGUGACGUAUCCUUUGAGGAGCCCUCAAUAGAUACGAUGAGUCAGUUCGAUUUUCGUGCUUGCCAUGAAAGGGUUCCGGAACAAGGCCAGCUCGCUGCCCAUAUUCAAUGGAAGGAUAACGGAUGCCACCACAUUGACGACCACAUCGCUGCAGCCGGUGGCCAGUCGCAAGCUCUCCUCGCGCGGCACCGCCUCAGUUUUUACCAUAACCGACGGCCACAUUGGCCACGUGCCCAGCACUUCGCUGGCCGAGGCGAUGGCCAUCAGUCAGGUGGCGCCGCCAGUGCAGCCAUUGCCACUGGCGUUGGUCAAGGAGGAGGAGCAGCAGCUGAACAUUGCCGGCACCGAGCUGGCCAACUAUGAGAAGGUUCGCGUGGUGGGUCAGGGCUCGUUCGGCAUAGCCAUACUGUACAGGCGCAAAGUCGAUGGCCACCACAUUGUCUUCAAGCAAAUCAAUCUGAGCGAGCUGUCGCCGCCGGGCCGGGAUCUGGCCAUGAACGAGGUGGAGGUCUUCUCCAAGCUGCAUCACCCGAACAUUGUCAGCUAUCUGGGCAGCUUCAUCAAGGACAAUACGCUGCUCAUCGAGAUGGAGUACGCGGACGGCGGCACCCUGGCCCAGAUCAUAGCCGAGCGACAGGGCAAACAGCAUUUUCCCGAACGCUACAUCAUCGCCGUCUUUGAGCAGAUCUCCAGCGCCAUCAACUAUAUGCACUCGGAGAACAUCCUACAUCGCGAUCUGAAGACGGCCAAUGUGUUCCUCAACAGGCGAGGGAUCGUUAAGAUUGGCGACUUUGGCAUAUCGAAGAUCAUGAAUGCCAAGAUCCAUGCGCAGACUGUGCUGGGCACGCCCUACUACUUCAGUCCGGAGAUGUGCGAGGGCAAGGAAUACGACAACAAGAGCGACAUCUGGGCCUUGGGCUGCAUUCUGGGCGAGCUGUGCUGCCUGAAGAAGACCUUUGCUGCCUCCAAUCUGUCCGAGCUGGUCACCAAGAUUAUGGCCGGCUCGUAUACCCCAGUGCCGCUGGGCUAUACGUCGGGCCUGCGCAGUUUGUUGGCCAAUCUGCUGCAGGUGGAUGCAGCACGUCGACCCACUGCGUCCGAGGUGCUCGUCUACUGGAUACCGCUCAUCUUUCGCAGUCUGGGCAAGAACAAAGGCUACACCUAUGAGGACAACCUGAGCAGCAAUGACACCUUGUUGGCUGCUCCAACUUCUCUGUUUGCCAGCUGCAGCAAUCUGGCCAUGGAACUGCCGACGGCGCAGACCCAAACCCGGAAAUUGAUGAGCGCCGAGACAGUGGCACCGCAUGAGGUGAUCGAGAGACGCUCUGUGCUGUACCAGCUGAAGGCGUUUGGCAACAGCUUCAGCAUGAAUCCCAUCCAGCUGCCGCCGAAGGCCUUGAUUGUCUGCGUGGCCAUGAGCGAAACCCACUUUGUGGUCAUCAAUGAUGACGGUUCGGCCUACGCCUGGGGCGAGGGCACACACGGCCAGCUGGGCCUGAGCUCGCUGGAGACCUGGAAGCAUUAUCCCGGGCUGGUGCAGAGCGUGCGCAAUUAUCAUUUGGUCAGCGCCUGUGCCGGCGAUGGCUUCACCAUAUUCCUCACCCAAUCCGGCAAUCUGCUGAGCUGUGGCAACAAUGCAAAAUUCGCUCUAGGCCAGGAGGAACAGAAGGAUUACUUUACGCCCAAGCUGAUAGCCAAGCUGGCGGAUGUGCGCAUCGAGCAGAUCGCAGCUGGCUUGCAUCACGUCCUGGCGCUGAGUCGCGAGGGCGCCGUUUACGUUUGGGGCACCAGCGUGUCGGGUGCCCUGGCUCUAGGCAAUUACCAGCAGCAGCAAAAACAUCCACAGAAGGUAUUGUUGUCGCAUGUCAAGAGCAAAGUCUCGAAGAUCUACUGCGGCCCGGACACAUCCGCUGUGCUCUUCAGCAACGGAGAGCUACACGUCUGUGGCAGCAACAACUACAACAAGCUGGGCUUCAAUCGCCCAGGCCGGAUCACAGCAUUUAAAAAGCUACAGCUGCCCUAUAAGGUGCUCAACGCUUGCUUCUCGUCCACCCACUCGGUGUUCCUAGUCGAGGGCGGCUAUGUCUAUACGAUGGGACGCAACAAGGAGGGGCAGCGAGGCAUCCGGCACUGCAAUGCCGUGGAGCACCCCACCUUGGUCGACAGCAUACGCGCACGCUACAUUGUGAAGGCCAAUUGCAAUGAUCAGUGCACGAUUGUUGCCUCCGAGGACAACAUCAUAACAGUGUGGGGCACGCGGAACGGCCUGCCAGAGAUUGGCUCCAGCAGCAGCGGACUGGGCCUGGAGGUCUGCACGCCGAAUGCCGACCUGGAGUUGGGCAACAACACAGCCGCCUUUACCAAUUUCCUGGCUUCGGUCUACAAGUCGGAACUAAUCAUGGAGCCAGUGGAUAUAUUGGCCUUAUACUCAUCCAAGGAGCAGUGCGAGCGUGGCUACUACGUCCAGGUGAACGAUGUGUUUCCACUAGCUCACAGCGUCCUGGUCAUGGUCGAGACAACAACGCCUCUAAUAUCCUCCUUUGAGGGCUAA